AUGGAGCCACGUGAUAGCCGCGACGUCUUCGUUCCCCGCGCCAGCAAGAAAAUGCGGCUGGAUGCUCUGGGCCGACGAACGGAUAUCACAAACCGUGGCCUGCCAAUCAUGUCAUCGACACAGGCGAUGGAAACCCAUCAGCAGCUGACCAGAAACAUCCCAAAACGCAUGGAUGACAAUGUCACGAACAACAAGCGCUCGCCGUUCCCCAACGAUGCCUACCAAGUUGGCUGGAUUUCGGCACUACCCGUCGAGCUGGCGGCGGCUCGCGGCAUGCUUGAUGCAGAGCAUGGAAACCCACAAACGUUGCCGCAGAAGAGGGACACCAAUAGCUAUGUGCUUGGACAAAUUCACAACCACAAGGUCGUCAUCGCUUGCCUCCCAAGAGGUGAGGUAGGCGUUAUUCCUGCCGCGCUUGUCGCCCACAACAUGAUGUGGACUUUCCCCAACAUACGCUUCUGCCUGAUAGUUGGCAUUGGAGCAGGUAUACCUAGAUGUUCUGGCAACGAAGACGAUGAUCCCGACGAUGACGAAGAGGAGGAUGUGCACCUUGGAGAUGUUGUCAUCGGCAGCGAUAAGAAGACCGGCGGCGUGGUUGCUUAUAACUUCGGCAAGAAGCUAGCAGAUGGAUCCUUCGAAGUCGCUUACCAUCUUGACCAACCACCCAGAGUUCUACGGACGGCUUUGGCGAACCUUGAAGCUACACACGAAUUUCGAGAUAACCUGAUACCCAAGUACAUUGAUCAGAUGCUUGUGAAGCUGCCAGGGGAAAUGCGGUCCAUGUGGAUGCAUCCUGGCUUAGAGAAGGAUAUACUGUUUCCACCUGACUAUUUGCAUUUGGGCGGCACGACUUGCAAGAACUGCGACCAGGGGAGAGCCGUUAGAAAGGCACUCGACAAGCGAGAAGAUGAUAUCCCGGUGAUACACUAUGGAGUAAUCGCGACAGGGUCUGAGGUCGUCCGGCAUGCGCCAACAAGGGACCAAAUCAGAAGCAACCACAAUGCCAUCUGCCUGGAGAUGGGGGCGGCGGGCUUGAUGAACAACUUCCCCUGCCUUGUAAUUCGAGGCAUAUCAAAUUAUGCAGAUUCGCACAAGAAUGAUCGAUGGCAACGGUAUGCUGCAGCGGCGGCCGCGGCUUGUGCCAAAGAAUUACUGAGUGUAGUCCUGCCUCUCGAAGUGGAUUAA